AUGACAACCAAUUCAAGUGAACAUUCAGAUGACAAAUGGAUAGUYCCGUAUGAGAUUGAUCUCAAUAGUAUCGAUACAUUGGUUGACGAUAAUAAUAAUAGCAAUAAAUUGGACAAUAAAUAUAAACAAUUGAUUUCAUGGACACUAUUUUACGGUGCUUUUACCUAUGGAAUGACAACCUAUAUAAUAGGUCCGGCACUGAAUGAUAUGACUAUUAGACUAAAUACUAGCAUUGAUAGUAUAACGAUAGUUCUCGGAUGCAUUUGUAUUGGUUAUACAUUGGGAGCUAUUAUCAAUGGGAUAAUCUUCAACUACAUAAGCCGUCAAUUAGUGUUAACAUGUUUACUCAUUUUGAUGGCCUGUGCUAUCAGUUCGGCACCUCAUGUGUCAAACAUAUGGCUUCUCUAUCUCGUUGGACUACUAUGUGGUUUCGGUGCUGGAGGCUUUGAUACGGCACAAGUUGUUUGGCUAAUUGAGAUUUGGGCCGAAAAGUCGAGUUCAUAUCUACAGGGACUACAGUUUUUCAAUGCCGUCGGAACAUUUGUGUCGCCACUAAUGACCGGUCCGUUUUUGGCCAAACAAUCCAAGAAAAAUGUUACAAAUAGUCAGAUGGUUACAGACCUAAGCUCUCAUAUAAUGAAAUUGUCAAAUAUAUCAUUGCAAUCAAUAACAACACCAACUAAUACCACAAAAACAAUUGACGUCUACAGUGAGUCUCAUAUAGAGAUCCCGUUUGGGAUUGUCGGCGGACUACUGAUCUCGUCGGCACUGAUUUUAUUAAUACUACACUUUUAUCGACGAUAUGUUCCGCCGAUUGAACAACAAGAAGAGUUUAGCUGCAAAUGUCCUGACAAGUGGACAGUCAUCUACAUAGUACUGGGCUUGUUAUCGUUGGCACCUUAUGUUGGUAUGGAAGUAAUGAACUUCCAAUUGAUCUCAUCAUUUGCWAAGUACAGUCAUCUGCAACUGUCCGGCAAUGACAGUGCACUCGUACAGACCAUAAUGGCCGGUGCUUUUGCACUAUUUCGAGGCAUCAAUUUUGUUAUUUCCUUCAAAUUUUGGUCGGAAAAUCUACUGUUCCUUAAUUUUAUUAUAAUAAUUGUUGGAUACGUUGUGAUACUAUUAUUUGAAAUUUAUAAUUAUUCAAAGAUUGUACUAUUGAUUGGUGUCAUAAUUGUCGGCUCAGGGUUUUCCACAAUCUAUGCAUUGGUUUAUGCAUUUCUAGAGAAACACUUGACUAUUAGYAAUACAAUCGGCGGUUUGUUUGUCUGUACCAGUGGUCUAAUGGCAGCACUAUUGCCCACACUUUGCGGUCAAUUUAUUGAGGAACACCCUUUGGCACUGAUCUAUAUGAGCCUAAUUUGUACGAUAAUUAUUGGCAUAUCAUUUACUACAUUUAAAAUUGUUGUCUAUUUUAGGGCAAAAUUACAAGUAUUAUAA